GGAAGUGCCGAGACACCGCGUGGCUAGUCUGUCAGAUGUAAACAAAGCCGUGGUGCUUUUGAAAAAGACUGAAAAUAAAGCGUACCACGGCCAAAUAGUCAUAAGGCAGAUGAGUAUACUCGUUGUUUGAUCGUCGGACGUGGCUGUCAGCCGUUGUCAUUUUUGGCGCAUCUGUUAUUUGGAUUUAAAAAACAGGAUGAUCGUGCCAGGGCGCCCUUUUCCAGUGCGGGUUACCGAACCUGCUCAGGUUUGCCACCACCCACCUCUUCUCUAAACAAACUUGUUGCACUACUAAAUCCAUUUUGUGGUCGGAUAAUAUAAAAUAAGGCAUUGAUACUGAUUCAGACUGGAUUUGAGGACAGUUUAUUGAUUUAGCAAAACGACCCUUGGCCAGUCACGUGAUCCCCACGCUAAAAAGACAAAGCUACGGUUUGUCCUCUGCUCCAUUGGCGCUCCAUAAAAAAACAAAAGAAUGAAGUUUUUGGAUCUUUUCGGGCGCCUAAAAUCCAUCGUUAUUGGAAUGGUUCACGUUAAAGCCUUACCAGGAACCCCUCUAAGUUGUUUGAAGAUGGCCCAGAUCACCGAAGAAGCGUGCCGGGAGGCAGCAAUCUACCGUGAUGCAGGGGUGGAUGGCGUGAUUAUUGAAAACAUGCACGAUAUCCCUUACUCCUUCCACGUGGGUCCCGAGGUGUGUGCCUGUAUGACAGCUGUCUGUACUGCUGUGAGAAGCAUCUGUCCAUUCCUACCACUUGGAGUGCAAAUACUGUCUUCCGCUAACCAACCGGCACUGGCUGUAGCUCUGGCUUCAGGUCUGGAUUUCAUCAGGGCCGAGGGAUUUGUCUUUUCUCAUGUGGCGGAUGAGGGCCUUCUGAAUGCCUGCGCCGGGGACUUGCUGAGGUAUCGCAAGCAGAUUGGUGCUGACCACGUGCAGAUCUUUACCGACAUCAAAAAGAAGCACAGCUCUCAUGCCCUGACAUCAGACGUGACUAUUGAAGAGACAGCACAUGCCGCUGAGUUCUUCCUCUCAGACGGACUCAUCAUCACGGGAACAGCCACUGGAGUGCAGGCUGACCCACGAGAGCUCAGAGAUGUUUCCCAGUCUGUGAGAAUCCCAGUCCUGAUUGGUUCUGGAGUGACCUAUGACAACAUGGAACGCUACCUUGAUGCAAGUGGAAUGAUCGUCGGUUCACAUUUUAAGUACGGCGGGCACUGGGCCAACGGAGUUGACCCAGACCAGGUGAAGAGGUUCAUGGAAAAGAUACACCGCCUUCGAACAUGAAACACAAAGAUGUCUGGAGUCAUCCCAUCGCCUCAGCAUGUUUGCAAAAUAUUCUGCCACAUUAAAUACAUGCCAACAUGACUUAAGAAAA